AUGGCGUCUAGGAGACUUGCUUUUAACCUCGCGCAGGGCAUGCGCAGCCGUGCUGCCAAUUCUGCCAUCCGACCAUUUAAGAGAGGUUUUGCUACACCGGUGACGUCUCCAGUUGGCGCGAAGACUCAGACCACAACAUUGAAGAAUGGUUUAACAGUCGCGACCGAAUAUUCGCCCUGGGCGCAGACUUCGACGGUGGGAGUAUGGAUCGAUGCUGGUUCCCGAGCCGAGACAGACGAGACAAAUGGCACAGCACACUUCCUAGAACAUCUCGCCUUCAAGGGCACCCAAAAGAGAACUCAACAACAAUUAGAACUCGAAAUUGAGAAUAUGGGUGGUCACCUUAACGCCUACACAUCGCGUGAGAACACCGUCUACUUCUCGAGAGCAUUCAAUUCCGACGUUCCUCAAUGUGUCGACAUCCUCGCCGAUAUCCUCCAAAAUUCGAAGCUCGAGCCCUCCGCAAUUGAACGAGAACGCGAUGUCAUUCUCCGAGAAGGAGAGGAGGUUGAGAAGCAACUCGACGAAGUUGUUUUUGACCACCUCCACGCCACCGCUUACGCACACCAGCCCCUAGGACGCACAAUUCUUGGGCCCCGAGAGAACAUCCGUGAUAUCACACGAAAGGAGCUCACCAACUAUAUCAGCACCAACUACACAGCUGACCGCAUGGUCCUCGUCGGUGCCGGUGGUAUCCCUCACGAGAAGCUUGUCGAGUUAGCCGAGAAGAACUUCUCCAGCCUCCCCACGACAUCACCUCACAACGAAGCCUACCUUCUAUCCAAGAGGAAGCCCAACUUCAUCGGAUCUGAGGUUCGAAUCCGAGACGACACCAUUCCCUCCGCCCACAUCGCUCUCGCCGUCGAGGGCGUAAGCUGGAACGAUGACGACUACUUCACAGCUCUAGUUACCCAGGCCAUCGUCGGCAACUACGACAAGUCUAUGGGCAGCGCACCUCACCAGGGAAGCAAGCUUAGCACAUUCGUCCACCACAACGAAUUAGCCAACAGCUUCAUGAGCUUCUCUACCAGUUAUAGUGACACUGGUCUAUGGGGUAUCUACCUGGUGAGCGACCAACUCACUCGUCUCGACGACCUAAUCCACUUCACCCUCCGAGAAUGGUCCCGCCUCUCUAGCAACGUCACGGAAUCCGAAGUCGAGCGAGCAAAGGCCCAACUCAAGGCCUCCAUCCUCCUUUCCCUCGACAGCACAUCAGCCGUCGCCGAAGACAUCGGCCGACAACUCGUCACGACCGGCCGCCGAAUGAACCCCGGCGAGAUCGAGCGCGUCAUCGACCACAUCACCGAGAAGGACGUAAUAGAAUUCGCCCAGCGAAAACUGUGGGAUCAGGAUGUAGCUAUUAGCGCCGUCGGCAGCAUCGAGGGCAUCCUCGACUACCAAAGAAUCCGAAACGACAUGAGCCGAAACUUCUAG